AGCAUUUAAGUUCUAGUGUCGACGGGCGUUCAGCUAACUUCAUCUCAGACAUUUAUUUCGUUACCGUCGCCUGCAGGAAAUUGUAAAUUUUCUCUUAAGAUUUCUCCGUGACAUUUUUUCUCUGAAGCUGUUCAUCUUGAAAGAACGAUGCAGUUCAUCAGGUUCCUCGUCGUCCUGUUGCCAGGACUUGCGUUCGCGAGUCCACGUGGAGGGGCCUUGGUAGACUUCUCGGAUCCUAAGGUCCAGGGCCACCUAGAUGCCCUAGUCCGCAUGGCGCAGUCCUGCGUGAUCCGAGUGCGUGCCACGCCCAAGGAUGUCCGCGCGUAUUUUACCAACUCGGCGCCCGUGACCCGCUCCGGGCAGUGCUUCGCUGCGUGCAUGCUCGAGCAGAGCGAUGUCAUCAACCAUGGGAAGGUAAACCGUGAGCUCCUUGUUCACCUCGCCAGCUUAGUGAACGGAAAGAAGUCCCGCGUGGUGCGCAAACUGAACAGCGUCUCCCGAAUGUGCCUGGACUCCAUCGAGGGCCUGUCGGACCGCUGCCAGCUCGCAUCAACCUACAACGACUGCCUAAAUGAGAACAUGAUUGAGUUUGCCUUCCCACUUGAUCUGGCUGAGGAAGCGGUCAGGAAGAUGCCCUUCCAUCUCAUGUCGCCAAAUUUACCGGACGCGCGAGUGUAGCUUAUUUUUACUGAAUUCUGAAUAAUUUUCUAAUUUUAUACCAGUAAUAAAUCACUUGCUCCGUU